UCAAGAACAGAAGUGUAGCAGACCGCUUGGUCCGUAUAAAUACCAUGUUGACAGUGAACUAGAGCACAGUUCAAUCUGCAGCAUUCAACAGUGAACAAGUCACCAAAACAUCUCAACAUGGCAUUCAAGUUUGUGAUCUUCGCCGCUGUGGUGGCCGUUGCCCGCGCUGGCCUCAUUGCCUCGCCAGCAGUUUCCUACGCUGCUGCUCCGGCCCUCGUUGCUGCCCCAGUCGCCAAGGUCGCUUAUGCCGCUGCCCCGAUCGCCAAGGUCGCGUACGCCGCCCAGCCAGAGGAGUACGACGCGAACCCGCAGUACUCGUUCUCGUACGGCAUCUCGGACGCCCUGACCGGAGACUCCAAGUCCCAGCAGGAGUCGCGCAGCGGAGAUGUUGUCCAGGGAUCGUACUCCGUCGUUGACCCCGAUGGCACCAAGCGUACCGUUGACUACACUGCUGACCCGCACAACGGAUUCAACGCUGUCGUCCGCCGUGAGCCUCUGGCCGCCAAGACCAUCGUCGCUGCUGCCCCGGUCGCCACCAAGGUCAUUGCUCAGCCCGCCGUCGCUUAUGCCGCCCCGGUAGCCAAGACCAUCUCGUACGCCGCCCCGGUCGCCACCAAGACCUACGUCGCGCAGCCAGCUCUGUCCUAUGCCGCCCCUCUGACCAAGACCUACGUGUCGCAGCCAGCUCUGUCCUAUGCCGCUCCAGUGGCCAAGACCAUCUCUUACUCCGCUCCUCUGGCCACCAAGACCUACGUGUCGCAGCCGGCUAUCUCUUACGCUGCUCCUCUGGCCACGAAGACCUACGUGUCGCAGCCGGCUCUGUCGUAUGCCGCUCCGGCCUACGCUUACCACUCAUCCGGUGCUGUGAACAACAUCUUCUCCAACCCCGACGCAAAGAUGGCAUUCAAGUUUGUGGCUUUCGCUGCUCUGAUCGCCGUGGCCCGCGCUGGCCUCAUUGCAUCGCCCGCCGUCAGCUAUGCUGCCGCACCGGCCGUAGUUGCUGCUGCCCCGGUCGCCAAGGUCGCUUAUGCCGCUGCUCCGGCAGUGGUUGCGGCCCCGGUCGCCAAGGUUGCGUACGCCGCCCAGCCAGAAGAGUACGAUGCCAACCCGCACUACUCGUUCUCGUACGGCAUCUCGGACGCCCUGACCGGAGACUCCAAGUCCCAGCAGGAGUCGCGCAGCGGAGAUGUUGUCCAGGGAUCGUACUCCGUCGUUGACCCCGAUGGCACCAAGCGUACCGUCGAGUACACGGCUGACCCGCACAACGGAUUCAACGCUGUCGUCCACCGUGAGCCGCUGGCCGCCAAGACCAUCGUCGCUGCUGCCCCGGUCGCCACCAAGACCAUCGUUGCUCAGCCCGCCGUCGCUUAUGCCGCCCCGGUAGCCAAGACCAUCUCGUACGCCGCUCCUCUGGCCACCAAGACCGUGGUUGCCAGCCCGGCCAUCUCGUACGCCGCUCCGGUCGCUAAGCUGGCCACACCGGUCGCUUACACCGCCGCCCUCCAUCACUAG